CCCGCCCACUUCCGCCAGUCUCACUGUGGCUUCCUUCCGUCUUCCUCCAUAUUUCCCUUUCCGUCCGUGCAGCGCUGCCGGCGGCUGUGGUCCCGAUGCUCCCCAAACGGCGGCGAGCGCGGGUCGGGUCUCCUAGCGGCGAUUCCGCUUGCUCCACGCUGCCUUCCACGUGCUUCCCCGGCGUCGCCAUCUACCUGGUCGAGCCUCACAUGGGUCGCAGCCGCCGGGCCUUCCUCACACGCCUGGCGCGCUCCAAAGGCUUCCGCGUCCUCGACUCCUGCAGCUCCGAAGUGACACAUGUUGUGAUGGAACAGACCUCAGCAGAGGAGGCCAUCAGCUGGCAGGAGCGCAGGAUGUCAGCUGCUCCCCCGGGUUGCAGCCCCCGAGCUCUGCUGGACAUAAGCUGGUUCACAGAGAGCCUGGCAGCUGGGCAGCCUGUACCUGUGGAGUGCCGGCACCGCCUGGAGGUGGCCAGGCCCGGGAAGGGGCCUCCGAGCCCAGCAUGGAUGCCUGCUUAUGCCUGCCAGCGCCCCACGCCCGUCACACACCACAAUACUAGCCUCACAGAGGCUCUGGAGACACUGGCGGAAGCAGCGGGCUUCGAAGGCAGUGAGGGCCGCCUCCUCGCCUUCUGCAGAGCAGCCUCAGUGCUCAAAGCCCUUCCCAGCCCCGUCACAACACUGAGCCAGCUGCAGGGGCUGCCCCAGCUUGGAGAACACUCCUCUAGGGUUGUCCAGGAGCUGCUGGAGCAUGGAGUGUGUGAGGAGGUGGAGAGAGUUCGACACUCAGAGAGGUACCAGACCAUGAAGCUCUUCACCCAGGUCUUCGGGGUCGGUGUGAGGACUGCUGACCGGUGGUACCGGGAAGGACUGCGAACCCUGGAUGACCUCCAAGAGCAGCCCCAGAAACUGACCCAACAGCAGAAAGUGGGGCUCCAGCACCACCAGGACCUGAGCACCCCAGUCCUGCGGUCCGAUGUAGAUGCCCUGCAGCAGGCGGUGGAAGAAGCUGUGGCGCAGGCCAUGCCUGGGGCCACCGUCACACUGACAGGCGGCUUCCGCAGGGGGAAGUUGCAGGGCCAUGACGUGGACUUCCUCAUCACCCACCCCAAGGAGGGCCAGGAGGCGGGGCUGCUGCCCAGAGUGAUGCACCGCCUGCAGGACCAGGGCCUCAUCCUGUACCACCAGCACCAUCAUAGCCACUGGGAGUCCCCUACCCGCCUGGCCCAGCAGAGCCACAUGGAUGCUUUCGAGAGGAGUUUCUGCAUUUUCCGCCUACCACAAGCUCCAGGGGCUGCAGCGGGGGGAACCCCGAGGUCCUGCCCAUCCUGGAAGGCUGUGAGGGUGGACUUGGUGGUCGUACCCAUCAGCCAGUUCCCUUUCGCCCUGCUCGGCUGGACUGGCUCCAAACUUUUCCAGCGGGAGCUGCGCCGCUUCAGCCGGAAGGAGAAGGGCCUGUGGCUGAAUAGCCAUGGGCUGUUUGACCCAGAGCAGAAGACGUUUUUCCAUGCAUCGUCAGAAGAAGACAUCUUCAGACACCUGGGCCUUGAGUACCUUCCUCCAGAGCAGAGAAACGCCUGAGCCUGUGGCCCCCUUUCUGUUCAGGAAAUUGGGCCACCCCCAACUUGGCCACUGAAUGUCUCCAGGCAGAUAUGUUGCCCCUGACCCCCACCUUCACCCCUCCCACGUGGAGGAGCCCGUCCCCACCAGGGCCUGGCUCUGCCAGAGGUCAGCUGUGCCUGAGGGAAUCAGUUGAGCCCCUGCUGGCGUACUGCAGCGGGGAGCUUUUGGUGCCAGCCUCAUUGCUGCAUGACCUUGGGUCUGCUCCUAGCCUCCCCGUGGUUCACGCUCCCGCCCUGGACAGGGUGUGUGAGCGGGCCCCACUUCGUGGAGCCUUGGCAGGGCCUGUAUUCAUGAAUGGCAAGUGGUUUGUUUGCCUGAUGUGCAGUGUCCCAUCAGUUGCACUGCAGUUACUGUGGCUCCUGUAGGGCACCCUGUCCAGAAGUUCCCGGAAGAGAACCAUGUGUCCCUGCGCUGCGUUUGAGCCAUGACGUGGAGGCUGUGGUUCUUGCCCACAAGGAGCAUACUGUGGAGUGUGCUGUAGGCAUCUGGACAGGGAGAGGGCCGGGGUAGGAGUUAGGAGGAAGAGAAUUUUCAACUCUUAAGCCUUCAGUACUGUAGUGCCCAAGCCAGGCCCUUGGCUUCUGCCUUUAAGGCCUGUUCUCAGCACGAUCUCAAAAAUAGGUCAUCUCCUGCCACUCCUGGCUCAUUGCCCUUUAAUGGCUCCAAACCCUAAGUCUGCACGUGGCCCCGAGCUCUGGCAUUUCUGCCAGCCCCUUUCUCCAGCCCCACUGGCCCCGAGCCGCUUCCUGCCUCACAGGCUUCCUGUUUGAUGCACCCAGAUUCCUUCCCCUUCUCACUGCAGAAGCACUGAGGUGGGCUGGACAUGGGUAUCCUCCAUGUCCCUCACAUCCCCAGGCACGAUCUGGCCUCAGGCUUUGCCCUGGCCAUGCCAUCCACCUGGAGUGUGCCCUCCCCUUCUUAAGGCCUUUAAUCAGAAGUCACUUUGUUGGGUGAGGACUUCCCAGACCACUCAUUACAUUAAAAAAUAUUUUUAAAAUGAACGUGCAG